GUACAAGCGUGCAAGGCCAACAAUUAAAAGAAAGAUUGCGGACAUUUAUGAUAAUAUUGAUAAUGUAAGGGACGAAUGUUUUUCAAGCCCUUAGCCGGCUUAGCCCUUACCAGGUUACCAGUUAUCCAGGUCGCAUCACGCGUGGAGUGAUGCGAGUGCGGUUCUAGCUUCUAGCUCCAAAACUCCAAACGUUGUCGCUCGUCGUCGAGCCCCGAGGGCGAGAGGAGAUUGAAAAGAACUGACAAGUGACAACUGACAAGAUGAACGCGACGACGACGGAGGGUAGAAGAAUACAGGAUCUUCCACCAAAAGGCGGCUAUGGCCCCAUCCAAACGGAAAGAGUGAAAUUGCGUACCAUUCUUGGCGCUAAGAGCACGCUCGGGCUUCUGGUGGGCACCACGAUCGUCGGAUUCUAUGCCUAUUAUCUCAAUUUUAAGUACAUCAGGCGACAGCAGAUCGAGAUGAGAAGCGCACGCUUGGCGAUAUUUCCAGCAUUAUUGGCGGAACGAGAUAGAGCCGUCUUGAAACAAAUGAGACGUAAUCGAGAUGUGGAAGCAGAAUUGAUGAAGAACGUCGAAGGAUGGGAAGUCGGAACGUACUUUGGGGAACCUAUAUUCUUCCUGGACGAUGAAAAUCAGUGGAGAGAACCGUUGUUCUGUGAACAUUUUGUGCACGCUGACUACAGUCACGUUAAAGCACGGGCCGAGCGUCAUGCAUGGAUGUAGGACGUUGUAGGAGUAUCGUGUUAUCAGUACUUGGCAUUCAGAUGUUAGCCAGCUACGGAUUGUAAUACGACAACCUGAAAAAAGUAGUCUUAAUAAUAAUAAUAAUAAUGAGUAUAAUUAUUGCAAGUCAUAAUUAUUAUCAAUAACAUUUUGAAACUAUAGGUUAUAAUAAAAUUGCUACGUAACAUUUCCGUUUGUCAAUAUUCUUUCAUCUUUUUUCUCUUUACAUUUCUUUGCGAUAAAUUUCACCUAAGGGCAACAAGUACGUUCAAUGAUAAUAAUCUCUGUGGUAUAGAAGUUUUCUCUUUUUUAAAUGUAGCAAAUAUGAAAUGGAACAUUAUAAGAUAAUAGAAAUGCCUAUUUCACACGUAUUUUAUUUUAAAAAAUUAAGCGAAUAAAUAUAUAGACACGAUACA